ACGAUCGGCGAAGCUAGGGAGACGGAGGAGUGUGGGAGACGCGCGCCUGUUGCGGGACCCCCUUCUCCUCCCUGCUUCCAGGCGGGUGGCCCGUGGGGGGUGGGGGUCAUGAUGAACCAACUCUGACGGUGUGGUGGGAGCUAGGACCUCGGGCGACCGGUUUCUAUCAUUUUUGGAAUGACAGCUUCAAGCAGGAAGGUUGUGUUUUCAGUACAUGAUGUCCUUUGCUUUGUAGCAGUUGGUUCACAAAAGCUCGUGGGAAAGGUGGCUUCUUCCAGUAUGUGUGCGUCAGUCAAGUAUAGCACCCGGGGUCCAGCCCUCAUCCCAAGAAUGAAGACCAAACACCGCAUCUACUACAUUGCCCUCUUCUCCAUUGUCCUGCUGGGCCUCAUUGCCACAGGCAUGUUCCAGUUCUGGCCACACUCCAUAGAGUCUUCUAAUGACUGGACAGUUGAAAAGCACAGUGUUCAUGAUGUACCUGUCAUUAAGAUUCCUGCAGAAAGUGCCAUCCCAGAGCGAGGAGACCUCAGCUGCAGGAUGCACACAUGCUUUGAUGUCUACCGCUGUGGCUUCAACCCUAAAAAUAAGAUCAAGGUCUAUAUUUACUCCUUAAAGAAAUAUGUAGAUGAAUAUGGCAUGCCAGUCAGCCAUACCAUUUCCCGGGAAUACAAUGAACUCUUAACUGCUAUCUCUGACAGUGACUUUUACACAGAUGAUGUGAACCGUGCCUGUCUCUUUGUGCCAUCUAUUGAUGUGCUGAACCAGAACACACUCCGUAUCAAGGAAACGGCUCAGGCUUUGGCGCAACUAUCCCGUUGGGAUCGAGGAACAAACCAUCUUUUGUUCAACAUGUUGCCUGGAGGACCACCUGACUAUAAUACAGCGCUAGAUGUUCCGAGAGACAGAGCUCUGCUGGCUGGUGGAGGUUUUUCUACAUGGACCUAUCGGCAAGGAUAUGAUGUCAGUAUUCCUGUUUACAGUCCACUGUCUUCAGAGGUUCAGUUGCCAAAUAAAGGCCCAGGUCCUCGCAGGUACUUCCUCUUGUCCUCUCAAAUGGCUCUUCAUCCUGAAUACCGUUCUGACUUGGAGGCUCUUCAAGCUGAGAAUGUGGAAUCUGUGUUGAUCCUGGAUAAAUGUACUAAUCUCUCCGAGGGAAUCCCUUUCAUUCGUAAACGUUGCUACAAGAAUCAAGUUUUUUAUUAUCCUCAGAUACUUCAGGAAGCUACAUUUUGUGUGGUUUUGCGGGCUGCCCGCUUGGGACAAGCUGUGCUGAGUGAUGUACUUCAGGCUGGAUGCAUCCCUGUUAUCAUAGCUGACUCUUAUAUUCUGCCUUUCUCUGAAGUUCUGGACUGGAAAAGAGCUUCUGUAGUGAUACCUGAAGAAAAGAUGACUGAUAUGUAUAACAUUCUGCAAAGCAUACCCCAGCGACAGACUGAAGAGAUGCAGAGACAGGCAAGAUGGUUUUGGGAAGCUUAUUUUCAAUCAAUGAAAGUAAUUGCUCUGGCAACCCUUAAGAUUAUCAAUGACCGAAUCUACCCAUAUGCUGCUACAUCGUAUGAGGAAUGGAAUGAUCCCCCAGCAAUUAAAUGGAGCAGUGUAAGCAAUCCAUUGUUUCUUCCGCUGAUUCCACCUCAGUCACAAGGCUUCACUGCAAUUGUUCUGACCUACGAUCGGGUUGAGAGCCUAUUCAGAGUAAUCACGGAAGUGUCAAAGGUGCCCAGCCUUUCCAAGCUAUUAGUAGUUUGGAACAACCAAAAUAAAAUUCCCCCAGAAGAAUCCAUUUGGCCCAAAGUUCGAGUUCCAUUGAAGGUUUUACGGACCACAGAAAACAAACUGAGUAACCGCUUCUUUCCGUAUGAUGAGAUUGAAACAGAAGCAGUGUUGGCCAUUGAUGAUGACAUAAUCAUGUUGACUUCUGAUGAACUGCAGUUUGGUUAUGAGGUGUGGAGAGAGUUCCCUGACAGACUAGUUGGCUAUCCUGGUCGCUUGCAUUUGUGGGACCAUGAGACAAGUAAAUGGAAAUACGAGUCAGAGUGGACAAAUGAAGUCUCAAUGGUGCUCACAGGAGCAGCUUUUUACCACAAGUAUUUUAAUUAUUUGUACACAUACAAAAUGCCUGGAGACAUCAAGAACUGGGUGGAUGCUCACAUGAACUGUGAAGACAUUGCUAUGAAUUUUCUAGUAGCAAAUGUUACUGGGAAAGCGGUCAUUAAGCUGAACUUAUUGUCUGAAUGUAUUAACAAGUUUGCAUCUGUCUUUGGGACCAUGCCUCUGAAAGUGGUGGAGCACCGUGCAGAUCCAGUCCUGUACAAAGAUGACUUUCCUGAAAAGCUGAAGAGUUUUCCCAACAUUGGAAGCUUGUAAAAAUGUUCAGCAAGGCAAAUUGGAUGCUGAAAUCCAGUACAGUGAACAAUACUCUGAAAACUAUAUAGUCUUGAACAAAUAUCCAAGGCAGUAGUAUGGAAGGAGGAUACAGAGAUUAAUGUCCCAUUUGGACCUUAUUCAACCUUCUUUGACAGGGCACAAGUUUCUUCAAAGUAGGGCAAAGCAGCUGUUUCUGUACUACAUCAAAACAUAUUCUUUCCUUACUCUCCAUGGGUCUACCAAAGUGCCAAGGAAAUAUUUAUUCCAGAGGGCUCACACAUGGACACCCCCCCCCCUCAAUUCUUUUGUCAUUUAUAAUGGAAAAUAUUUGGCUACUGAACAUCAGUUACCAUGGGACUUAUGGCUAACUUCUUAUGAAAGCAAUCUUCCGUCUUUGUUGCAUGGUUGUGUGAGGUUAUUUUAUCUGUAGCCCAUGAGACUGAUAUCCUCCACUACUAUGCCAGCCUUGUCCAUCAGAAAAGAAAACUGGCAUGAGAAUGGGCUGAUGGUCUGUUUAACAAUGGGAGUAGAAACAAAUGGCAGCCAAUGACUUAUUUCAUUUGGGUACAUUGGUAAGUGUACAAGUUUCAUGGAUUUUGUUGUAUUUAUAAAGAGGACUGCAUAGUUGAUCAGCUACAAACGUCAAAGUGUGUGCAAUGAGCAUUUCCAUUUUGGGUUGCUUUGGUAUGUUACUGUCCUUUUCACCAAGCUUGGAGCAGUUUUCAGUUCAAUGUGGACUAGUUGCCACCUCCAUUUACUUUCUUGUCUCCUGGGUUCUUCCGAGUUGUUGCAGCAAGGCAAAUUGGAUGCUGAAAUCAAGUACAGAACUUCCCACCUCUUUUCAGUUCUCCUCAAUAUCAUCUCCUAUCUAUUAAGUUUGCUCUGUCCAGAUUAAGUUUCUGGCAUGCUUUCCUAAAAUGGGAUGGUUUCUUACACUACUGAUGGCACAAUUUAGUGUUAAGUCAGUUGUAUAAAAUGCAGUGCCACAAAAAAGGAUUACCAGGUUGUACUGGAUUUUAUAAAAUAAGUCUCAUAGUCUGUCAUGUAAGUUUACCUUAUAUUUCAGUCUGCCAUUUGGUGUAGCAGAGGUCAGCAUGGAAAUUGGCACAGGCCCACGAAGUUUGGUGAUGUUAAGUGCACUGAGUUUGUGUCCCUUAUAAUGAGGAAAGUUGGCCAUUUUUUAAUUCCAAAAUGGAAUUUGUACCUGUAGAGGUCCAAAUCCUUGACUUGCAUUGAACUUUUCCACAGAAGUGUAUAAUUUCCUGAAGAUAAAACAUAAGUAAUCUUGUAUGUAUGAUGAGGAUAAACAGUUGCUAGAUUUUGGAAUUUGAGGAGAAAUUGUCAAAUAUGCUGUAAUUGAGAGUUCACCUGAUUUGUUUACAUACACUGAAGAUAGACCUGGAAUUCUGAUUGGCAAGUAGAAUCUGAUGGGUUAACGUCCAUAACACUUUUGUAGAUGCUUGUCUGUGAUAUUUGGAAUGUUCCUCUAAAAUACGUCAGGUGAGAAUACAGUAAGAAGUUGUGAUCAGCUGCACUCCCUUAUAUAAACUCAGUAACCAACACAAGUAUUCCUCUGCAUCCUGUGAAAACAAGAGAGUUUUGAGAAGAAUUUUGUCUGAAAUAUCUACAUGUAUGCUCUUGGAUAACUUUCACCUAUGAAAGGAGCCUUCUCUGAGGCCACAGAGUAUUCACUCAAUGCCUCAGGAAUCAAACUGUAAUUGUCCUAAAGCAUUUCAGCUGUUUUUAUACCACACUUAAAAAAACAAAACUUUUUCAUGGGCCGGGACAUAGACAUUGCCCAGGGACCACAUGUACAUACAAAGAACUGGAUCCUACCUGCUUUUUCACUUCAUCUCACCCAACUGCUCUUCUCGCUGUGAAGUCCCUAUCCUAGAUGGAGUUUGCCUAUGAGGAUUCCGUGAUCUCCAGUCCAGACUUUUUGGUAGUGAACAGGCACUCCUCUCCCUUUUACCAGAUAAAAAGCUGGUGGCAUCCCAUCCAAUUUCUUUUUGUAAAUGUAAAAAUAAAAACAUUUAUAAAAA